UAGAUAUUCUUAAUAUACAAGAUAUCAAUAUACACGACAUGGCCGCGACAGUCAAAAUUAUUAAACUGGAUUUAGUUGCGUCAAUAAACUAAAUAUACGUCAACAAAUUUGUUCGGCUGUUUUUAUUACGUUACAUAUCGACGAUAACGAGUUUGUAGUUUCCGACUUUGAAGUUAUGCAUGUGCAUGCACUUGGUAAAUGUCGUAUAUUUUCCUUAUCUGUUAUUACAUGCAAUUCGUAAAAGAUCAUUCACAAAGAUACCCCUCUUAUAUUCUACAAGAUUAACUAUCAAAGCUACCACCAGCAAGGAGCACAAAUUAUUAAAAGAAGGCUUUCUAUCCACCGGCGACUUGUAAAGAGAUUUUUAUUUAGUAAUGUCGGACACUUUAACCUCUUGUUUUCGUUAAGUCUGUCGAAGGAUUAAAAUGCCAGUAAAAUACGAAGAGAUCACAUUCUCAUCCGAUCUCUUUCCACAAAGUAAACUGUUAACACUCGAGUUGAAACAAAAAUAUGUGAGUUACGAGUUAAGAUGUUCUGUGAUUUGGAUUUUCAACAUGUUACAUAUAUAAUAGAUUAGUUAAUUAAGGAUCAUUGCGUGGUGUAAAAGUUUGCACGACUGCGUCGCUUUGCAGUGUCGUUUACAGCGCCGCUAUUUAAUUCACGAAAUGGCUAUUUACUACCUUAAACCAACAAUUAAUUGUUCGGCGCAACGCGUUUAAAUGAAGCGGCACUUGGCUCGAUGCGCGCUUCAUUAUCCUUCUGCUUUUUACCUGGCCGGUGUGUGCGUCAGCCAAUCACAGUUCAGAACGGAACGGAACUGAAUCGACUGUCUACAUUUGGCCCGCAGUUGGAUUUUACAUUAGUAAUUGUGAGGAGGUUCUUCCGGGCCGAAUCAAUAUAUAAGAGAAGUAACUUCGUAAGCGUAUUCAUUCUUGGACUGCUAGAACUCAAGAGAGGAAAGAUGACUUCGCUCAAGAUUGCUUUGUUUCUCGUCACGAUCCUACAAACUCCGCGAUACGAUGUAUUUGCUGAUUCCAGCUCUGUCCCACCAUCCGCGGCAAGCCCGACUAGUACGAUCGUCUGGGAACGACGAAUAAACGCUAGCUUGUGGCUAUUACAGAACAAAGCAUGCAAAUUCUUCAUGUCGAAUGGCAACUGUACAGAGCUCAGAUCACGAACGAGAGAUGCUAUGAACUUAUACAUGGCAAGUGCUGACGAAGGCAAGUUGGUAGCUCUCUCACCAGAUAAAAUCAAGCUGGUUCCAACUUCCUACGAAGCUGUCCUAGUUCUAGAUCCUUACCCAGAAGCAAGUCUUGGUCACCCAAUUUUAGUUUUCUUUAUUGAACACUCGCGAACUCGUACAGACUGCACAAAUAACAGAAAAUCUACUUUCACUGAUGACAACGAGUGUGUAACGAUUGCUCAAAAAAGUCGUCGUUGCACAAAUCGCCUACAUGAUCGGAGACGAAAACGACGCUGCGAUAUCAAUUUCGUACCGUCCGUCUUCACGAAAGCUAACAGACAUGGUCCACAGUUGCUCGAAUGCAAGUCGAAAAUUGCAGGGUUUGCAGAUUGCCCCACCUCUCUGACCGUUCAUCCACUGAAUGAAAAAUGUCUGAAUACAAAGCGUUGUGCUAUUACACCAAAAAAUAUCAGACAACGUCAUUGUACUGCUUCUUGUGACUAUGCAGUGUUGUUGUCUGGGGGAUGGAAUAGAUUUACAGCCACGACAAAGUCGAAAGAUAAUAUCAAAAUGAUGUGGAGAUAUUUGAGAAAAAACCAUUUCAAGCAUGAAAACAUUGUGACCUUUGUUGGAAAUCGCUACUCAAUUGAACUUGAUGGCAAUCCGAAGACUAAAGAUAGUGUACCUGCUGAAGACGAAUUCAAAAUUCGCAACCAGAUCAAAAACUUGUGUAGUUCAUCCUGUGUCGAUUCUCUUGUUAUCUAUUUGAAUAAACCAACAAAGAGUAACGGAGCAAUUCUUAUAUGGGACGGAAACAAUGAUGGUUUUGCCGAGGAGUCAGAAAGAUAUGAAAUAAACGAAUUCUUUGAAGAUUUGAGAGACUGCAAAGCAAAACUAGUGACCGUUCUUGCAGAUCAAAGUUUCUCUGGUCUCCUUCUAGAAAAAUUCGGUUCAGCCAGACGACAUACUUCACGUGGUACUCUGAAGAAUGUGGUUUUUGUCGUGGCGGCGAGUUCUGAUGGAUACAGUACUCGUGGUAGUUUUACAGAAAAAUGGGUUCGAUAUUCCCUACCAAGACAAAAUAGACAGCGAUGUUUGAGGAAUGUUAUUCAGGAUAUGAAAUCGCUGAGAACCAAUCAAUUCCAAGUAGACUACGACAGUUCUUCCCAGAGUUUACUUGACAAAACCAUAUAUGGCGGGUCAUGUGAUCAAUCACUGCAUGUCUCAAGAAGAGAGAUGGGUUGCCGCUUCCUCUCAAGGAAGGACAGAUACUUGUACAGAAUCAGAGGAUAAACUUUUUGUGUCGUAUUGAACAGAGCAAAACAUCUUCAUCCGCGGGUUGGAAAUGUAUUAUGUUUUGCAUCUGGCAACUAUCAGACAAUGGCGUGAUGCAGUCAGGAUAGUAAACGUUGACUUAAACUGUAUGCCGCCGCCUGACCGCAGUUAGCAACGAUUGUCUAAAACCUCAAUCUUGUUUUUCUCAUUAACCCUUUCGCUUUGUGUUCGCUUUGUGUAGAAUCACUACUAUGAUUUCAACGUUUUCGUUUGCAAUUCAGAUUUGCAUUCAUUUUAUCAUUCAUUGAUUUCAUUUUAUGUAUUCUUUUUUUUUUAUUUCUUUAUUACUGAUUCCAAUACGAGGUAGACAUCACAUCUCUGAGUUAACCGUAAAUUGUAGUCACAUCUACCGUUUCAUUUCAUUAUGAGCAGUAAUGGCAGGUCACGCGAAAAGCAUUCUGUGUGUCCAAAUGACAUUCAUUUGGUUAUUUCUAGACUCCAAGGUUUUAUGAACCAGAUCAAAUAUUUUAUAUCAUUCGGCACACACUUAGUCUUUGGUUGCAAGCAUAUGAAACGUGCUUUCCUUAAAUCUGCCAAUCUGUAAAAUCAUUACAUAUGUCAUAUUUACAACUAAAAUACUUCGACCUGAAAGAUUCACUUUUAUAAAUUGAAAGUCUAAUUUUGCGUCGUGAUUAAUAUGAGAGGUUUAUCUCAGAGAAAAAUGUAUUUAUUACCAAAAGGUCAAUUCAAUUAUUUCCAUUGCCGAUUUAAUGAGUCGAAUUUUAUUUUGCUGAUGCAAAGACCUAUACAGCUAGCUAUAGGGUGGUAGAUUGAUUGACUACAUGUAGAGUGAUAAAUUGUAAAUAUUAAAUGAAUUAUAUAUAAAAUAUAUUGACAAACCUUGCCUAUAUAAAAUAUGGAAGGCUUUGUUGUAGUUGAACAGUGUACUUCAUAUGUUAUUUUCAAGACUUUCUUUUCAGUAAUUGAGAGGUUAUAUGACGUGUACAGUUUCGUAAAAUA